AUGAGUGAAGCCAUUACUAGGAUCUUGGACAACUCCAAGGCCAACGUUCUUCCGAAAUGGAGAGACUUUUUUCAAGACCCCGAAGUCGGAUGCCAAUUAGAUGUGACAGCAAGCCCAACAGGAGGUGAUCCAGAAUUGGCCUGCAGCUUUACAAAGGAUGGACUUUGGGACCUCAAGUUUGAUAGCUCGGCAAAUGACUCCCAGUUUCACACUGCCGAUUACAACGUUGACAACAGCGUUAUAAUUGGGCUCCCUUCGACUGCAAUCGCUGAUACAACAACUGCAACACCCGCACUUGCAGAUAUUCUGCAGAAAUUCAGAGUCGCGGACAGCAGCGGGAAUAUUCCUUUUGACAAUGGAACAUAUCCUGGCGAUCCCGUGCAAGAUGGCAACCCUCCCCUCGCAGCUCGCCCAUCUCCAGGCACCUUGAUGCAAAGCAUAGUCAAGGCUCUUGGACCAGCUCUACCACUUCAGGUAGAUGUUACUGCAGAACGUAAUGCAUUCUGGAUCACACCAGGUCAAACCAUGCGGGCUGAUGUGGCUCUCACAUUUGUCCCAUCUGGCGAUGUUGCUACUGCUUUACAAAACGUUUCAAAGACUAUUUACUCUCAUCUUGGUAUCAACCUCUCGACCUUGUUCAGCUCUUUGAAGAUUGUGAUUCAGAAAACGUCCCUGGGGUAUGCUGUUUCCAAUGUCAAUGAAGACACAGAUCCACCAGUUACUACCGCGGCCGUGAUCCAUGUAAAUAGCUAUUACUCGCUUGGCAUACAAUUUGCCGCUGGGCCAUUUCUCUUCUGGGUUACUCUCGACGGUGGCGGCAUAAACCUAUCGAUUCUUCAAAACCCAGACUCUUCUUCUCCAGCAAACUUCUUCACACUUACCGGGCUAUCUGAAAGUUCGGUAACGCCCGUUCUGGGUAACAUUCUUUCGAACCUGCAUCUUCUGAGGGUCUCUGCAACUGUAGAUGCCGCUGUUGGAACAUACUGGUCGAUAUUGUUCUCCCUGGAGUGGGGGGCGUUCAACAUUUCACUUCUGUACGAUUCGUCAUCUGCGACAUUUUCUGGUGGCCUUAUCCUUGACGGAUUCUACACAACAUCGAUCGAAUAUCUGCGGCCAAUCUUUAGCGCCAGCCAGGCUAUCAUGGCCCCGGAUGGCACUGUCACUAGGCCCUUUUACAAGAUACGAGAUCUUUCUUCAGAGAUGUCAACUCUCCCGAAUUCUCUUCCAACUGUCAUAACAGCAGCGAGGAUAUCGUACCAGAUAACGUCAAAGACUCUAUCUUUGGCUGCCCAGCUGAUUGCGCCACCUCCAGCACCCUCCAACGCUGGCCCCCAAGUCCCAGCUCCUUUUGUCUGGGACGAACUUGAUGUCAGAUUGUCUGUUGGACCGGGCUCAUUCUCAUGUACACUGGCCACCGACUUUCUGUUGACAAGUCCACUGGAUCCAAAUGUUAUGGGUAUGAUUGGCCUCAACUUCUCAUACCAGAAUAAAAGUUGGCUUCUUUCUGGGCUGGCGCAAAAUAUCAACGGCGCCAUGCUAUUUGGAUGGUUUGACCCCAACUACAACGAGUCGCUUCUCUCUGUUCUUGGGAAAUUACAGAUUCCGGAGGUGCAAGUCGUUUAUACAUACGCAGAUGGGGGCGCGGCUACAAGCUUUGCCUUUGUUGGAACCGUCCAGGUUGGGUUGCUACAAUUGCGCCUGUUCUACCAGUAUGUCAGCUCAAAUGUCAAUGGAAAGACAGCUGCCCAGGCAACUCCCCCGGGAUCCCAAGGCACUCUUCUACCAGCUGAUGCUCCGGUGCCUGUCGUCACCGUGCAGCCAUCUGGCGACCCAAACACACCUCCUGAGAAGAGAGUCCAGACAGACUGGACAUUUGAGUGUGACCUGGGGGCUUCUGCCCCAAAUGGACAGAUUGCGACUUUGGGUGCUGUAGUUGACUCCAUCGUCCCUGGAGCAGCGGACUCUCUUCCGACAUUUGUGUCUGGAAUUGAGAUCCCUUCUGCUGAAGGAGGUCACAGUCCUAUCACCAUGAAGGUUGCAAAGCAUCGGACAGAUCAAGUCGCUUUUGCCUUUCAAGUUGAAAUUGAGCAUAUCAGCUUUACAUUUGCUCAGAUAGGAGACAAAGACCCCAGCAAGACUAAGAGAAUCGUCCGUGUUGCCGUUGGCAGUCUUCCAAAACUGUCAGGCAUCCCACUGAUUGGAGACUUGGUACAGCCUUUCGAUUCUCUGGAGUACUUGUGGGUGAGCGAUUCUGGCGGUCUUCUCAAGUCUGAGGUCUCUGCUUUGAAUCACCAAGUCUUGCCUGUCGAUAAUCCUAUUUACUUUUCUGCCAACGUCGGCCAGUCAGCCAACGCCAAGGCCUCGACAGCUGAUAGUGUCGUGAUAAUCCCAGGACAUCAUUUCAUCCUGAUUCAAAACCAGAAAGCGGUCUUGGAUCAUGUCUUUGCAACAGCGACCCCAACUGUACCUCAGCCAAAAACACCAAAUCCACCAGUAGAAGCCAUGACGUCUGAAGUUGCUCUUUCCGGUGACGCACCAGGAGCACCCGUACCGGCAAGUCCUCCUUCGAAGGGCGAGUUGACACUCAACCUUGGGCCACUCACUAUCAGUGCUAUUUCAUUACAAUACCAAGAACAAGGAGAUGUUCCACAGAUCUCAAUUACACUUAAUGCAAUGUUUGCCAUGGGCCCUAUUAUGCUUGAACUCAUCGGCUUCGGGUUCGCAGUCCCACUGGAGGGCGGCAUUACACUAGACAAUCUUGCAAGCCUCGUUGGCAAGAUGUCGCCAGUCAUAUCAGGCAUGGUAGCUUCAUUCAACCAACCGCCGCUUCUGAUAGCUGGUGGGUUUGAACACAUCGUCACCAAGACUCAGGAUGCAUAUCUCGGUGCAAUAGGAAUCUCGUUUCCACCAUACAACUUUAUUGGUGUCGGAGAAUAUGCUGUUCUUGAUGGGUUCAAGAGUGUCUUUCUUUAUGCUAAGCUUAACGGGCCACUUAUCACUCUUGAAUUCGGCGAGAUCUCUGGAGUCAGAAUGGGUUUCGGCUACAACUCCUUUGUCACCCCGCCAACAAUUGACCAAUUAACAAGUUUCCCAUUCAUUAAUGACACGGCCACAGCGAGUGCUGGUAGCGAUCCCUUUCUCAUCGUACAGACUAUGACUCAAACCGGACCUCCAUGGGUGACGCCAAAACAAGACGAAUAUUGGCUGGCAGCUGGACUAUCAGCCUCGGUUUUUGAUUGCCUCACUGUUACCGCUGUGGCAAUGCUAGAAGUCAAGGCCGGUGGUUUUGAUCUAGCUAUCUACGGCGAUGCAGUUGCUAUGAUGCCACCUGAUGCACCAAGUAGGGAGUCUUGUCUCGUCUAUGUUGAGCUAGCGAUGGUGGUUGAAUUCAAUAUGGGUGAAGGGUAUUUUCGCGUCGAGGCAGCUUUGGCGCCGACAUCGUUCCUACUCGUUCCCCAAUGCCAGCUCACGGGAGGGUUUGCCCUUGUAUACUGGUUUGGAUCUAAUCCACAUGCUGGAGAUUGGGUGUUCUCCGUUGGAGGGUACCACCCUCAAUAUCAAGUGCCGGACUGGUAUCCUGUGCCACAACGCCUCGGAAUAUGUUUCACAGUUGGCAGCUGUUUAUCCGUUGUCGGAAACUGUUAUUUCGCUGUCACGCCCAAAGUCGUUAUGGGAGGUGCUUUGAUCCACGUCAGCCUCGAUCUUGGACCUCUGCAGGCCUGGCUAGAUGCACAGUUCGACUGUCUGAUCAACUUCCACCCUCUUCACUAUGUGGCAGAGUUUAGUGUAUCAGUCGGCGUGUCGUUCAAUAUUGACAUUUUGUUCAUUCAUAUUCACAUUAGCGCGAGUAUCGGUGCCUUCCUUGUUAUUCAAGGUCCAGAGUUUGGAGGGACAGCCCAUGUCGACUUUUGGGCUUUUGGAUUUACUAUCGAUUUUGGAUCCAGCCCUGAUGCAAAAGACCCUCUCACACUACUGCAAUUCUGGCAGAUGGUCCAUCAACCCGGCCCAGAAGUCCAAACUAAAAAUACCAUUGACCCGGAGCGAGUUCAGUCUGUUGUUUCCUAUGACCCUCGUUCCGACCUGGAGGGAACUAUGGUUCCUGCACCCAGUGGCACAGGCACCGUGCCCCGUCCAAUCCCCGCUCCAGAGCUAGUUGAAGCCGCUGCCCUAAAGUUUGUUCUUGAGGAUGGUAAUUAUCCGAACCCACCCAAGCUUAAGCCGGAACCAAGUCCUUCCCCCGUUGUUUCUAGCAAUAGUGCUCGAGGCACAGCAGAGUCCACUUUCAGCACCAAUGCGGUGCCCAGUGAUAGUAAUGCUGGUCAAGGUACAAAGUGGUUUGUCAAAGGUGGUACUUUCAAGUUCCGUAUUCAAACAGACUUCGCGCUCAGUUAUGCCUCCGUGGCCCCGGCCUUCAUACCAGCAGAAGAUGGCGCUGGAGCAGAGGUGCCUGUUUUAAACGGCGGCCCUCAUCCUACCAAAACGAACAUAUUCUCACGACCGAUGCAAGUCACAACAGACAUAGUCUCAGAAUUGUCUGUUGUUGUUAUGCAGACCGUUAGUCAAAAGGUUAUUGGUGGCUGGACAAGCGCAUCAUUUGAUAUCAAAUCUGUACCAACUGGAACAUGGGGCAAAUACUCCAGAGACACGGACCCUUCUCUGGUUGCUGCGUCAUCGCUUUUAUCUCACGAAGGUGCCACGGUACCACUACCCAUGGGCUUACUACUGAGUUCGCCAGCCCCUAUUCUUGCCCUCAGCUUUAUUCCCACCUUCAGCGCAAGUGAUGCAGCCAAAAUGGGUGUUGUGGAUCUCCGAUUUAUAGCCACUAUGCCUGGUACUGACUGGUUUGUUCCUGGAUACAAGCCAAUCCGCAAGGCAAUACCAGAUAGUACAAAACCAGAUGGGCUAGAUUACGUUGCCGUAAGCCCGGAUCUGGAUGCCAAGUCGGGAGUGGUCAUGGCACCAACCCAAGUGAAAUACACCCCAGCAGAGCUCAGCUCAACAGAGGAGAGCGAGACAAAUCAGAAGCUCUGGGAUAACAUGGGAGCUAAUUGGGUGCAAUAUGCCAGUGAAAAGAGAGAACUUGUUAAUGAUCCUACAGAUGGGUUACUAGUGACGGCAGAGAAGAUUUUUGGAUGGGCACAGUCUUUCCCAGUACCAAACGCUUCGACCGUUCCUGCAGCUACAGUUUCCAGUCCAUGGAAGCUGAAGGGCGACUUUCCUGCAAAGCUGGUUCGCAGUGCGAAUAAGAAUGGUACAGUAGUCAAGGGACUAGAGGCAACAUAUCUUGCACUCCCACGGCAUGCAGUUGUGACUUCUUAA